GCUGUGCUGAGGCGGCCCGGGAGCCGGGCCGGGGAGUUGGUGUCGGCGACUGGAGGAAGUUGGCGGGGGAUGCACGUCUCGGGGAGGUAACCUCCCCGCAGCCUGCAGUUUCAAGGCGCCCUCCCUGCUUCUCCUGGGAGCCCUGAGACCUGCGCCUUAGCUCACGAUGGGGAACCACUUGACGGAGAUGGCGCCCCCUGCCUCCUUCUUGCCCCACUUCCAGGCCCUGCAUGUUGUGGUCAUCGGGCUGGACUCGGCUGGGAAGACUUCCCUCCUUUACCGCCUCAAGUUCAAGGAGUUUGUCCAGAGUGUCCCCACCAAAGGCUUCAACACCGAGAAGAUCCGGGUGCCCUUGGGGGGAUCCCGUGGCAUCACUUUCCAAGUGUGGGACGUCGGGGGACAGGAGAAACUGCGACCUCUGUGGCGCUCCUACACCCGCCGGACAGACGGGCUGGUGUUUGUGGUGGACGCUGCCGAGGCCGAGCGGCUGGAGGAGGCCAAAGUGGAGUUACAUCGGAUCAGCCGGGCCUCGGACAACCAGGGUGUGCCCGUGCUGGUGCUGGCCAACAAGCAGGACCAGCCCGGGGCACUGAGCGCAGCUGAGGUGGAGAAGAGGCUGGCAGUCCGAGAGCUGGCGGCUGCCACACUCACCCAUGUGCAGGGUUGCAGCGCUGUGGACGGGCUGGGGCUGCAGCCCGGCCUCGAGCGCCUGUACGAGAUGAUCCUCAAGAGGAAGAAGGUGGCCCGGACAAGCAAGAAGAGGCGGUGACCCGAGGUUGUCCCCUCCCCACCUAGAAGGGGUCAGCACACUUGGGCAGCCAGACGGGGCCUGUGAACUCUCAGUCAGCCCAGGGUGCAGGACCCGUCUGCCUCAAUGAAGAACUGAGAAGCACGGGGAGUCUCGGUCUUGGUGCCACAUUGGAGGGGAGGAAGGGAGAUGGGCUGUCUUUGCACAUCUCUCCCUCAUCCUCACCGCUGGAGGAGUGGGGGCUACAGGACUAUGCGGACUUAAAUGUAAACCGUGACUCUACCUCGGCCCUGUUUCUCUGGCUUUUUAACUGGAUGUGUUUUGGGGGGGAAGGAAAGUUGCUUGGAGCAUGCAUUUGGGAGGAGAACUGUCUCCCUGCCUUCCCCUGCGCCCCUCCAACUGGGGAGUCUCCCCAGGCUGCUUUUCUAGGGAUGCCAGUCACAAUAGUCUUUAUUUUUGUGUCCCUGUGAAAGUGCCAAGACCCCCUCUUCACAUUUGUAGAUCACAACCCUUUUUAUAAGCCGUGAGUAUCCUCUGUGUUAUUAACUAUUUUUUAGCAUUUGCCUGUAAGUUAUUAAAGACUGAUGACUCUAGCUCUUA